UUUCAUCUCUAAACCUGCAAAAAAGAAUAACUGUAGAAAGCUUCAUGUACCCGUUCUUUAUGUCCUAGUAGCCAUAGGCUUUGCAGCAUGGAUUACUUUCUUCUUCAUGAUCCUGCUGAAACACUCAGCAAUUUCAGAAAAGCUACAAAACUUAAAUCUAACCUACACAGAGAAGUUCACGGAAAACUCAGAAAUUUUAGAGGAACUACAGAACCAAAACCUAAACUACUCAGAGAAGUUCAUGAAAGUGAUGGAAGAACUGAAAUACGUUAAAACAAAACUGAUGAUGGCUGAAGGUUACACAAGAGAGAAGUUCACUGAAAUUGAGAACAUUUUAGAAUCCUUCUGCAGCAAAGGAAGCAUCUCAGUUGCUCUUUCAUGUCCACACAGCUGGACGAGGCAUAUGAGACACUGUUACUACUUUUCAACUGAAAAGACAAAUUGGACUAACGCUUUGUGGAAUUGCAAUAACUCUAAGGCUCAUCUGGUCAGCAUUUGGUCUGAUGAAGAACAGAAUUUUCUGAGAAAUAACCUCAAUAAAGUUGACAGUUACUGGUUGGGUAUGAAUGACUUAGAAGGACAGUGGAAGUGGAAAGAAGGUGGUUUGCUACUCAGAACAACUUUUUGGGAAAAUGGACAGCCAAGCAAAGAAGUCAACAAGGAUUGUGGGAUCAUGCACCCCAAUGGGACAUGGGCAUCUGCUGUGUGUUCCCUUCACUAUCAGUGGAUUUGCAAAAAGAAAAUGAUCUGCUGAAACAAUUAUUUGAGCUGUGUGUUCCUCGUACAGGAUUGUAUACAAUCUGUUUUUGGCUUGAACAUCUUCUUUUCUUGUAUUGUUAUGUACUGCAGAUGCUUAGUAGCUAGACAGAAGAUAGCAUAUUUUUAUGAUUCAUGUGUGACAUAUAAUUCCAUAUUUGCCCAUAUCAAAACUUAUAGAUAAUUGUCUGAUCAUCAGUUCCUUCUCUGCAAUUGGUCCACUUUUCUCAGAGGUCUCAUAACCAUCCAUAUCAAACAUGGGGGGGGGGAGUGGAUACACCCCCCUUGAGUUCCUACAUAAAUAACAAAAAUCAGACAUGUUAAACCCAUGUAUGUAAUAUAGUAUGUACUUUGGCUGAUAGAAAUAUUUUCCAUUCCUGCCUUCCAUGAAUGGUUGGUGGCCUAUACUCAUGAUGAGGCAAUCUGGCAGUGAGCGUAUGCCCAGUGCUCUUUAAAUGGUGCAGCCACAAAUCCUAGUUAUUCCUGAAUGUCACAUGGUAAUUGUCAAGGCA